ACAGGCCAAAACAACACUGAUGAUUAUGUGCUGUACUAACAGUUUAUUGCUGAAUUGUUGUCACAGGCAUGUAACUUGAGAUCUUGGAAGAAGGGCCAUGGCAUGCCAGUCUGUAAAAACGCCUGCAGGGGAUGAGUCGCAAGAUCAGCUUGGAGAUAUAUCGAGUGUGUGGGGAGAUAACUCUGGACUGAUAUGGAAAACAGCAACAGAAGACAAAGACCAGGAAGAUGAAACUGAGAUGGAAGAAAUCAUGGAUGAGCAAGGUGACAGACGUCGAAAGAGCAGCAGACGACGGAUGAAGAGGCGACCUUUCUCUCCAGAUAAAACCGGCCAGGAUCGAGUGAAGACGAGGACUGGAGUACCGUGUACUACCAAAAGGAAGCGGAAGGCCGGCAAGCCCCAACCAGAGGCAGCACAUGACAGGCCAUGUGAUAGGUUAGCUAACGGAACUCCCUUCUGCUGUGAUUUGUGUAAAUCACCACAUGUGUGUAACCGUAGCAACAAGCCAGGCAAAUCCUCCAAGCCGACAAAGUACACGCCCAGUCCACGUCACAAGGUGGACCCCCUGACAGGACGAAUGCUGCGGCUGUGUAACGCUUGUGGCCUCGCAUUUGACCGCUCUGACCGUCCAAGGAAGGCUCGUGUCCUCCCGCCCCCAGAGGACAAAGAGAAGUACCUGGACGAGGCUAAGCAGUUUGGUCAACGACUCAGUGUGGAGCUGAAUGACCCUGAUGCAGAGAGACUCUACUGCCCUCAGUUUAAGUUCAAAGCCUGCGGCUGUCUACAGAGCUACAUUCUCUUUGAAGGUGAUCAGGAACAUUCCAGCCAGAGAGCGGAGAAACUGCUGAAGCUGGUGAAGGAAGCCAAACAGCUGCGAACCCUCAAGUAUUACUCCCAGGAUGAAGUGAAGAAACCUCAGCGGUCCCGUAACAUUGGCCUAGGGAAUGGGAUGAAGAAGUCCAAGCUGUUUGAGGAGUUUGUGAUGGAGAAGAGACAUUAUCUAAAGGAGACACUGAAGCUUUGUGAGCGAGCUGUGCAGAAGAUACUGAUCUACUCCAACAACUUCAUACACAAGAAACUCAAAUCUGAGGACAGCAACUGUCGUGCCCGCCGAGUGAUUGGUAAAGCUGCCUUAGGGUUAUUACCGCCCUUGUCAGAACUGGAUAAGAAGAAAUGCUGCAUCGACAAGUGUGUGAUGGUAGCAGUGACUCACAGCCGUCUUCUACAGGAAUGGAGAGACAGGGCCACCCAGGGCCAGGCAGAAGCGAGGCGGGUGCUGGCAGAGAUGCUUACUCCCUCAGGUGGUGCCAGGUCAAACUGUUACAAGUUCAUCUCCAUGGUGACAGGCUGCAGCCCUAGCCUGAUUGGCUGCGUCAACGAUCAGAUGCGCCGAACGGGUGGGGAUCGCAAACCUCCAACUCACGGAAUGAAGAAAUUCUGGCAAGUGAACCAGAGACGAGCGAAAGACACGACCAUCGCAGACGGAGAGCAAGGAGGCGGGACAUCAGUGUCCUGUAACAAUGCUAACUCUAGCAGCUGUACGCUGUCUACCGCUGAGACCUCACUCAACCCAAAUGACGACAACGGAACUGUGGACAACUCUGCCAGCUCCACCUCUUACCAGUUUGAGGUACAGAGACAGCAACUACUCCAGCUACAGAGGCAGCUGACAGAGCAACAGAACCAGAUACAACAGCACCAACAGCUGGUACAACAACAACUUCUCCAGCAAACCCUUCUACAGCAGCUGACAGAGUCCGGAUCUUGUACUCAGAUGAUUCAGACUCAGCCUGCUUCAACAGUCAGUGUCCCAGUCUCAUCAACGACUGGCCCAGGACUGUCCAGUGGUGUGCAGCCUCUCAUCAUCUCCACCAAUCAUCUGCCAGGUCUAGACACGUCGCCCACUGUGCCAAUCCUCCAGCCUUCCCUUCAGACGCCAUUCAAUGCACAGGCAACGCCACAGCAGGCAGCGACACUCCUCCCAGCCCAGCAAUUCACCCAACCACAGACCACUAUCAUGGCUGCUCCCACUAUUCCACAACAACCACAACUUCAGCAGCAUCAACAGCAACCAGUGCAGACAGUACAGGUCAUGAUCGCCAAUAUAGAGCUGCCGAUUCAACAGGGCCAGACUGCAGUGCAGCUGAUCGUGCCCUCCCAACAACAGGCCCAGCAAAACGUCAUGUUGCACACACAGCAACAGAACACAUUACUGCAACAACAACAACCUACACACAUUCUACAGCAACAGCAUGGCCACAUUACUCCACAACAACAACAGCCCCCUCGCAUCAUGCAACAAGGUUCUUUUAUCACAAAGCAGCAGCAGCAGCCACGGGAUGCCUUGUCAAGUCAGACGCUAACGUUGCCAGUACACCUCAGACCCCCAGUGGACCACACGUAUUCUCAGAGUCAGCCACCCACAAGUCAAGGCUCUGUCCGACAACAAUCCCUGUCCAUUACACAACCACCAUUUCAAUACCAAGUAGUCCAGGGGCAGCCCUGUUCUGUCGAGGCAUCUCAGAUGUCACCUGUAGCAUCCGUUUCCAUGUCAACCCCGGGAUCAAAUUCAGGAUUCUCAGUCUUACCCCAGCCUACACAAUCGAGUUCGUCCCCGCUGCAGAUGCUGGCAAGUUUCACGUCAGAGCCUACUUUAGACAGCGGACAAACACUGCGACCUUCACAAGGCAGCUGGCCGUCGGAGGCAUUAACGCCGUGUGCAGCGACAACAUCUGUAUCGCCGUCCCGGGGACUGAACCCUAACCCCGUCCAGGCGCAGACGCUGUCUCUGGCAGCGCCAGCACUGAACCUCCAGUCUGCUCUACACCAGAUUUUUAGUAUUGUCAGUAUGAACGGCGCCAGUGCACUGGGCUCUGGAUCCAUGGCAGGCGAUACUGGCAGCCCUGUGGCAUCCCCAACCAAACCAGAGCCAUCCCCGGCGCUUCAUUUAGGAAUGACAGCUCCUUCUUCACAACCCUGCAUAUCUCUUCCCACGGAAACAAGCUCCUCCCCUUCAUCCUCCUCAGUGGACAGAGAACUGUCUUGCAACAUGUUCAUGCAGCAAGAACAAGUAUUACCAAACAGCGCCUGCCUGACUCAGUCUGACCACCAGGUGGCCGCAGGUGUUGGUGAGCUGCAGCAAAACUCACCAGAAACACAGGAGAGCCCCUCAGGGGAGGUAACCAGCUCCCCAUUGUCAUCAGACAUGAUGAAUCUAUUGUCUGAAAACUGUGAAUGAAAUCUUGAUCUUUGAUUGGAUGUCUCCACACACUGCACCAAGCCAGUCUUCAUGACAAAUGGAACUUAAAGAAGCUAUACACUGGAGAUUUUUGUUAAACAAAAUCCAUAUUUACUAAUUUAAUACAAUUUUCUGCAUUUAAUACCUAAAAUGGCUAAAAUUAUUGUGAAAUCCCAUUUUGUCAUGAGAUCAAUAUUCUACGCCACGAGAGGUUGGUUUGCGUAAAGAAAAAUGGUGCCAGAAUUUAAACACUCUGCCUUGUGCAACACCCAGUGGAAAAUGGAAUUCAGAUGAUUGCAUGUAAUUGUUUUGAUGGUUUGGUAUAAACCUCCAUUAUAUGGCACCUUACAGUUGGUAAGGCAAAGACGUCACCCCACAAAGGGAUGACACCAUACUGUCAUAAAACAAAGACGUCACCCCACAAACGGAUGCCACUGUACUGUCGUAAGGCAAGGACGUCACCCCACAAAGGGAUGCCACUGCACUGUCGUAAGGCAAGGACGUCACCCACAAAGGGAUGCCACUGUACUGUCCUAAAGCAAGGACGUCAUCCCACAAAGGAAUGUACUGUCGUAAUGUGAACACCACAUACUAGGCCAAGAUCUUACCUUAUUUGUGAAGUUGUGUAUUAUUAGCAAUGACAUGCAUUAACAGCCAGAUUUGUCACGUAAUCUCAUUGAAAGCGGGUAAUUAUUUUUAGCUUAUCUGAACAAAGUACAGAUGGUGACAGUGAUAGUGUCCAUGGUGUUUGGUUAUAUCAUUUUUUUCACAACCAUAGCAAGAGCGAGGGAGCCACCCCGACAGUGCGUAAUUCUCUGUGCUGUCUAUCUUCAGUGCUCCUGGCAUGUGUCAUGUCAAACUGUAUAGGUGUAGUUCCCAGAAUGUGUUUUCAAAAUUAAAACAAUGUGAAAAAUUUACAUAUGCAAGCACGCAGUUUGCUGUCUAUUUUUAAGGUUGAAUUGAUCAUGCAACAAACAAUACGCCCCACACACCAGUUAACCAUGCUCCUAAGAUCAGUCACAUUUGCCAUGUGCCGGAGCUAUUAUUUUCAACGUCAGUUCUUGUCACACUGUCAUACACAAGAACAGUAAGGCUACUGUACCAGAAUUCAUUCUACGCCAUCAAAUUUAAGCAAACAGUUAUCAUAGUGAUGCUGAAAUGAUUUUUUUUCUCACAAAAGAUGCAUUUUCCAUAAAACGCUGCAAAUCAGUCCUCUAUACACCACGUCUAUUAGGGCGUUUCCAAAUAUUGGCUGCAGAGGCGGUUGAAAAGGUCGAAAAAUUAUGGAGGUUAACUGCUGAGAUUUCAAUUUUGAAUCCACAAUGGAAUGAAUCUAAUGUUGUAUUAGAACUGCUACAUUCUAAUUACUACAUGUGGAAACAAGCCAGUGUUUUCCUCUACCUCAUUUUUUCACCAUAAUUGAAAGAUUUAUUUGAUUAGACUUUCACACUGUGCUU